CAGAGGAGCUUAGAGAGGGGAUCUGCAUUGUAAGUAGCUCUGAGAGCAGCAAGUGGUGGUGGCCGUUUUUCAACCUGUUUUUGUUUUCUCAAGGAGAAUGAGAAGGAGAAGUGUCAGGAAGAAGAACACAGAGUUGAGAAGUCUGAGCUGUGUUUUGUAAAAAAGAGAGAAAGAAGAAGCUGUAGGAGGAGAAGGGAGGAAAGAAACCAGGAGGAACACAAGGCAGCAAUGGAUAGAAGAGUGGCUCAGUCUGACCCUGGGAUGGCCUGGAUUCACACACUGCUGCUGGCCACCAGCCAGCACACGCACUAGACUGCUAACGCCAAUGAGCUCCCAUGUUUUCGUUCAGCCAUGCUCCCUGGGUAUGGAUUCUCACCUUUUCCUGAUUUCCAACCUCACCUACAUGCUUUUCGUUGUGGGGGAGAGAGCCCCAGCAUGUGGAUCCCUGGCUCAGGAGAGUCCCAGGCUCUGAGCGAGAUCCAGGAGGACAGGCCUCUUCUCCACCCGUGCCACCACAAGCAUGUUGCAGUGUGCCAGGAGGAAACAUUGGCUUUUAUUGAGCUACAACCACCAGUGACUCCGAAACUAAACGGCCUCAGCUCCCCAAGGCAGACCGUUAUUCCAGAUGCACAAUGCAUAACACACACUCUGCCAUUGAAUGGUUACAGACACACGCUAAAUGAGCUGAAUGACAUGAAGAACAGCUGCCACAGGACAGACAAUGAACAUGAAACAACUUCGUAUUUGAGCUCUCAUACACCUGCGGGCGAUGAUGAACCUGAGCAAACUGAAAAGCCACAAACUCUCACAACAGUAUGUCGUCCUCCAUAUACAGCUCUUAGCCUCCCUUUGUCGUUCCCUCUGUCCUCUCUGUACACAAACACUGACCCGUGGGAAUCUCAGUUACCCUGUUCACCAUCCUCACCUGAAGGUCCAGGGUGUCAGAGCCCAAACUCCUGCCAGCUACAGAGGAGAACAUCACAAGGUUCAGUGAAAGAAAAGUCUAUACGGCGAAAGAUGCAGGUUUAUUCUCCAGAUAGCCUGAGCGAUGAGUCUCUCAGCAGCCCGAUCCUGGACUAUAUCUUCCCUGGACCUUUUGCAUCUUUUCUGGAGGAGGACCUCAGUGGAUUAUCCUCCCUGGAGGCUAUGUCAAGUCCCUCAUCCACAGACGGUGCUACAGAUCUCCAAGACCUCAGUCAAGAUGAUAUUUUUAAUCUACCCACAGAACCACUGCAGAUAAUAGAGGACUCGAUACUGGGGAUGAGGGAAGAUAGCGGGAGUGUAGAGACGUCCAGUGCCAUGGGGGGGAGCAUUUUGUCACGCAGUCGUCAUAGUGACCAAGAGCGGCGGCGCUUCUCAGCCUCAGAACUCAUAUCUAGACUUCAGCUGUCUCAGAGGAAGAACUCCUUCACCCUGAAGCUGGGGAAGUCUCUGUCAGCACGGGUAGCCUCCAGGGACAGACAGAGCUCCAACAGCCUCAGUCCCAACCCUGACUAUAAGUCCAACUCCAGGCACCGCAGCUCAGGAGGCUCUAGUAACAGCGCCCCCCACAGUCCUGUAGGACCGGCACCUCCUCUGCCCAGCAGUGACAAUGGGAUGCCUUUACAUAGAUGGAGCACAAGACUUGGAAUGCGAAAGAAAUCCAUUGAAGACGACUUGGCACUUCCAACUGUUGCUAAUUCAAAUCGGCUGUCAAGGUUUUUACCGAGCUCAAUUCUGUACCAGGAAUACAGUGACGUCGCCAUCAACAGAGAGAUUCAGAGGCAACAGGGGAAGGAGCCAGGCAUAGAGGACGAGGGGCUCAGGGACGAGGGGUCUGACGGGACCCCGUCUCCAUCCAACCUGUCUCCAUCCAGCUCGUUCCGCUCCUCACGAGGUUCUGCUUUUGCACUGUGGCAGGAUAUACCUGAUGUACGAACCAGUGGUCAGCUUGACAAUUUCAGCAAUGAAGAGAGGAAGUUACAGGAGGCAAAGUUUGAGCUGGUGACCUCUGAAGCAUCGUACAUCCGCAGCUUAACCAUCGCUGUGGACCACUUCAUGCUGUCGCAGGAGCUCGCAGAGUGUCUUGGAGCUCAGGAUAGGCAGUGGCUCUUCUCCAAGCUGCCUGAGGUCAAAGAUGUCAGUGAGAGGUUCCUUCAGCACCUGGAGCACAGACUGGAGCUGGACAUUCUGCGUUUUGAUGUGUGCGACAUUGUCCUGGAUCACUGCCCGGCUCUGCGAAGGGUUUAUUUACCUUAUGUAACCAACCAGGCCUACCAAGAACAGACAUACCAGCGUUUGCUGCACGACAACCCUCGCUUCCCCGGCAUCCUGGCUCGUUUGGAGGAGGACCCCAUCUGCCAAAGACUUCCCCUGACCUCUUUUCUAAUCCUCCCAUUUCAGAGGAUCACACGGCUUAAAAUGCUGGUGGAGAAUAUCUUAAAGAGGACAACACCGGGCUCCCGAGAUGAGGACACUGCCACGAAAGCUUUCAAUGAGCUGAAAAAGAUCAUCAAAGAAUGUAACUCCAGCGUGCAGUCGAUGAAGAGGAUGGAGGAACUGAUUCAUCUCAAUAAGAAAAUUAAUUUUGAGGGAAAGAUCUUUCCUCUGAUCUCUCAGUCUCGCUGGCUGGUGAAACAUGGUGAACUCCUGGAGGUGGACACGCAGACAAUGAGUAUUUCUGGAUCCAAGCUGAAGUUACCCACCAAGCCUGUGUACCUCCACCUGUUCAACGACUGUCUCCUGCUGUCCAGGAGGAAGGAUACCUGGAAGUUCAUGGUGUUUGUACAUGCCAAGAUAGGAGAGUUGAAAGUGAAGGAUCUCAGUCAGAAGCUGCAGGGCAUCUCAGGCUUCAUCUUCCACCUGCAGCUGUGCGAAGGCCAGCAGCUCAAACACCAGAUCCUGCUCAAAUCCCACACUGAGAGCGGGAAGCAGAGAUGGAUCACAGCAAUGUUUCCAUCUGAUCCUUUGGAAGACAUCGAGCAGGCCAAUGAAAACGAUGAUAUAUCCCAGGUUCAGUGCAUCAAAAGCUAUCAAGCCCAAGAGCACGAUGAGUUAACACUGGAAAAGGCCGACAUUCUUCACGCUAAAACCAUUACAAGUGAUGGCUGGGUGGAAGGCAUCCGACUGUCAGAUGGGGAACGGGGCUGGUUCCCCAAAACCUAUGUGGAGGAAAUCAUGAGUCGCAGCGCACGCCUCCGCAACCUCCGGGAAAAUAUCCGCAUCAAAUGUGUCACACAGAAACUGAAGGGAGAUGAGUGACCAGUUUUUCUGCAGCUUGUCCUGUGUCAGAGGUGCAAUUCGACUGUUUAAUUUUAAUUUUAAAGCUUCUAGAUCAUGGUUUUAAUUCUAGAUGGAUGUGGGACCUUCAUGUAGGUUGCAGGUUCUUUAAAAGCCAACAUUUUUGACUGCUCUUACUAAUUUCCUUUACCAUGCUAACUACACGUACAAAGCUUCUGCUUUUCCAUCACAUUUCCACAAUAACACAUUUUCAUACAAUAUAAGUCUGUCAGCAGUUGACAUUAAGAUAUUUUAGCAGUUUGCCACUCUGUGUUCCCUAAAACCUUUUAAGAGCUAUUACUUUGUGCAUGCUCUCUCCGAAGGCAUUUCAAUACCAUUUCAUAAUCAGAGAAGAAAACCAAGUAUCUCUAUUAUGAAUGGAGAGUACACUGUACAUGAAUGCACAUAAAGUAGAACACAUGUCAGAGGAGUAGCAUGAGGUUAACUUAGCAUGUGUGACUUGUGACUCUCUGACGUUUCUUGUGCAGUAGACUGAGCUCUGUGAGGUGCAGGAUAUUCGUUCAUGUAUUAUUACCACAGUAGAAAGUCACCUGAGGCAGAUCCUGCUGCUGAGCUUCAUCACACACAUCACAAGCUUCUUAUCUUUGGUCUUUGUUCUGCUGCUUUCAUU